UCACGAUAUAAACCGAGUUCGGGUUCCACCAUGUCGCUGGCGUUCUGCGGGAACGAGAACGGCUCGGCGUACAACGUGGACGGAGGCGUCCUCAACAACGGCUGCUUCCUGGACGCGCUCAACGUGGUGCCCCACGUCUUCCUGCUGUUCAUCACCUUCCCUAUACUCUUCAUCGGCUGGGGCAGUCAGAGCUCCAAGGUCCACAUCCACCACAGCACCUGGCUCCACUUUCCCGGACACAACCUGCGCUGGCUGCUCACUUUCAUCCUGCUGUUUGUCCUCGUCUGCGAGGUCGCUGAGGGCAUCGUCUCUGACGGGUUCAGCCAGUCGCUCCACCUGCACCUCUACAUGCCUGCCGGCCUUGCCUUCAUGGCCGGGGUCACCUCCAUCAUCUACUACCACAACAUUGAGACCUCCAACUUCCCCAAGUUACUCAUAGCCCUGCUGAUCUACUGGAUGCUGGCCUUCCUUAUGAAGACCAUCAAGUUUGCCAAGUACACUGAGCAUGGCAUCGGCCCCCGGCAGCUGCGCUACUGCCUCACGGGGCUGCUGGCCCUGCUGUACGGCCUGCUACUGGCCGUGGAGGUCAACCUCAUCCUGGGACGGCGGUACAUUUGCUUCGUCAGCCCCAUGGAGGUGAAGCCCCCGAGGACCUCCAGGACCUGGGGGUCCGCUUCCUGCAGCCCCUUCGUCAACCUGCUCUCCAAGGCCACCUACUGGUGGAUGAACACGUUCAUCACCGCCGCCCACCGCCGCCCAAUCGACCUCAAGGUCAUCGGCAAGCUGCCCAUCGCCAUGAGGGCCCUUACCAACUACCUGAAGCUGCGGGCAGCUUCGAGGAGCAGAGGGAAGAGAGAUGCUGUGGCCUACGCUUCCCAGAAGCCUUGGCUGCUCAACGCCACCCUGAUGGAGAACAUCACCUUCGAGAUGCCAAUGAUUAAACCAGGUCAGUACCAGGCUGUCCUUGAGGCGUGUUCUCUCCAGGCUGAUAUUGACAUCCUGCAGGGAGACCAGACAGAGGUUGGAGAGAGGGGCGUCAUCCUGUCAGGAGGACAAAGGCAGAGAAUCAGCGUGGCCAGAGCUCUGUACCAGCAGACCAACGUGGUCUUCCAGGACGACCCCUUCUCAGCUCUGGACAUCCACCUGAGCGACCACCUGAUGCAGGACGGUAUCCUCAAGCUGCUAAGAGAGGAGAAGAGGACUGUGGUGCUGGUCACCCACAAGCUUCAGUACCUGCCGCACGCCGACUGGAUCAUAGCCAUGAAGGAUGGGAGCAUCCAGACUGAGGGCACUCUGAAGGACAUCCAGAUCUCCGAGCCGCUGUUUGAGCAGUGGAAGACCCUCAUGAACCGGCAGACCAGGAGUUUGAGAAGGAGACGGUGGGAGGAGAACAUGACGGUGCUGGAGAGGAAGAACCUGAGAAGGGCCAUGUACUCUAGAGAGGCCGCCAGGACGGAAGAGGACGAGGAGGAGGAAUCCGAGGUGAGUGAGGAUGACGACAGCCUCUCCCAGGUGAUGCGUCACCGCACCACCAUCCCCUGGCACUCCUGCUGCAGCUACCUGUCCUCGGCCGGGCUCCUCCUCCUCGCCCUGCUCCUCCUCUCACAGCUCCUCAAGCACUCCCUCAUGGUCGCCAUCGACUACUGGCUGGCCCACUGGACCUCCCAGGUCAUCGCAGCCAGGGCAGAAGCCCACACACACAACUGCACUGUCGCCCAGGGGUGUGGCUUCAGUCACACCUGGUACCUGUCUGUGUUCAGCGUCCUUUGCUGCCUGGGCAUCGUCCUGUGUCUGGUCACCUCUGUGGCCGUGGAGUGGACAGGCCUCCGCGUGGCCAAGAACCUGCACAACAACCUUCUCAACAAGAUUAUACUGGCCCCUAUGAGGCUGUUUGAAACCACUCCACUGGGCAGCAUCCUGAACCGGUUCUCCACGGACACCAACACCAUCGACCAGCACAUCCCCGCCACGCUGGAGUGUCUGAGUCGCUCCACGCUGCUGUGCGUGUCGGCGCUGGGCGUCAUAUCCUACGUCACGCCCGUCUUCAUGGUCGCCCUGCUGCCCCUCGCCGUCACCUGCUACUUUAUCCAGAAGUACUUCCGCGUGGCCUCCAGGGACCUGCAGCAGUUGGAGGACAGCACCCAGCUGCCUCUGCUCUCCCACUUCUCUGAGACAGUGGAGGGCCUCACCACCAUCAGGGCUUUCAGGUACGAGCCACGCUUCAGAAAGAGGUUACUCGAGUUCACGGACGCCAACAACAUAGCCUCCCUGUUCCUCACCGCGGCCAAUCGCUGGCUGGAGGUCCGCAUGGAGUACAUAGGAGCCUGUGUGGUUUUGAUAGCAGCUGUGGCCUCCAUCGCCAACUGCCUGUACAACCAGCUGUCCACUGGGUUGGUGGGGUUGGGCCUGACCUACGCCCUCAUGGUGUCUAAUUACAUGAACUGGAUGGUGCGUAACCUGGCAGACAUGGAGGUGCAGCUGGGCUCCGUCAAGAGGAUCAACAGCCUGCUGAGGACGGAACCAGAGAACUAUGAGGGGCUGCUGGGUGCGGCCCAGGUGCCUGAGGGCUGGCCCCAGCACGGGGAGAUCCAGAUCCAGAAUGUGAGCGUCCGCUAUGACGCCACUCUGAAACCUGUCCUCAAGCAGGUCAACGCUCACAUCAGCCCCGGACAGAAGGUUGGAAUCUGUGGCAGAACCGGCAGUGGAAAAUCCUCCUUCUCUCUGGCCUUCUUCCGAAUGGUCGACACCUUCGAGGGACGUAUUGUGAUUGACGACAUCGACAUCGCCAAGCUGCCCCUGCACACCCUGAGGUCUCGCUUCUCCAUCAUCCUCCAGGACCCCAUCUUGUUCAGCGGAACCAUCCGAUUUAACCUGGACCCGGAGAUAAAGGCAACAGAUCAGAUGCUGUGGGAAGCGCUGGAGAUCGCUCAACUUAAACCUGUGGUCAAAACCUUACCAGGAGGGCUGGAUGCCAUGGUGACAGAGGGAGGAGAGAACUUCAGUCAGGGCCAGAGGCAGCUGUUCUGUCUCGCCCGGGCCUUCGUCAGGAAGAGCAGCAUCCUCAUAAUGGACGAGGCCACCGCCUCCAUCGACAUGGCAACAGAGAGCAUCCUGCAGAAGGUGGUGAUGACUGCCUUUGCUGAUCGGACAGUGGUUAUCAUAGCACACCGUGUUCACACCAUCCUGAAUGCAGACGUGGUGAUCGUGAUGAAGAGAGGGGUCAUCCUGGAGCACGACACGCCCCAGGGCCUUCUGGGAAGGGAGGACAGCGUCUUCGCCUCCUUUGUGCACGCCGACAAGUAACGGCGCAGGAAGAGACAUGAACGAGGAUAUUCAAAGUGCUAUUGUAACGGACUAUAUUAUUCUUUUAUUUUUCUUAUAUCAUGUAUUAUAUUUGUACAUACAUUUAAUAAAACAUGACAAGUAUUUGUUAAUAAAACACUU